CUUUGUCCAUCCUCUAGGACACUUUUCCAUGUCCUCGCACUAAAACCCUAAUCAUAUAAAUCUAUAUUCACGCACGUUUCGCUGUCCACACUCUAUGACCAGUUAACCACUCUUGGACCGCCUCCUAGCUCUCUCUCACACAACGUUUACUCCUUCGCCAGCACACUCUCCCGCUGGCAAUACUGGGAGUGAUAUUCACAAGGGAGAGGGAGUCAGGGAGAGACAGAGCGACUGAUCGAUCUUCUUCUAUUGCUAGAUUUUAAAAUGGAUCUUCCAAGCCUGGCUAUGAUCCUCAGAGGUGCUCUCAGUAACAAUCCCGUUGAGCGUAAAGCCGCGGAGGAAAGUCUCAAUCAGUUCCAAUACACAUCCCAACAUAUGGUGAGGUUGUUGCAAAUAAUAGUUGAUGGGUCCUGUGAUAUGGCAGUGCGACAGGUGGCAAGUAUUUACUUUAAAAACUUCACUGCCAAAAACUGGUCACUUCAUGAUCCUGGGGAGCAGUCCAAAAUCAUGCCUGGUGAUAAGGAAUUGGUUAGACAAAAUAUUCUCUUAUUUAUUGCUCAGGUGCCUCCAUUGUUGAGAGUGCAACUGGGGGAAUGCCUGAAAACCAUUAUUUACUCAGAUUAUCCUGAGCAGUGGCCAACUCUUUUACCCUGGAUAAAGCAUAAUUUGCAGGAUCAGCAAGUUUAUGGAGCACUAUUUGUUCUUAGGAUCCUCUCAAGAAAAUACGAGUUCAAAUCAGACGAAGAGAGAACACCUGUAUACCAGAUUAUUGAAGAAACAUUUCCAUAUCUCCUGAACAUUUUUAACAAACUUGUUCAAAUAACAAAUCCUUCAAUUGAAGUAGCAGAUCUUAUCAAGCUUAUCUGCAAAAUAUUCUGGUCAUCUAUAUAUCUGGAGAUUCCAAAGCAGUUGUUUGAUCCAAAUAUUUUUAAUGCAUGGAUGGUUCUUUUCCUCACAAUGCUGGAGAGGCCCGUUCCUCAGGAAGGCCAGCCGAAUGAUCCUGAGCUAAGGAAAUCAUGGGGGUGGUGGAAGGUUAAAAAAUGGACAGUGCACAUUCUAAACCGUCUCUAUACCAGAUUUGGAGAUUCAAAACUUCAAAAUCAGGACAACAAAGCUUUUGCUCAGAUGUUUCAGAAAAACUAUGCGGGGAAAAUAUUAGUAUGCCACUUUAAUUUGUUGAGUGUUGUCCGAGUUGGUGGAUAUCUACCUGAUAGGGUGGCUAACCUUCUUUUGCAAUAUUUAAAUAACAGUAUUUCAAAGAGUACCAUGUACAAUCUGCUGCAGCCAAAUCUUGAUAUCCUUCUCUUUGAAAUUGUAUUCCCUCUCAUGUGCUUUAAUGACAAUGAUCAAAAACUGUGGGAUGAAGACCCCUAUGAAUAUGUUCGAAAAGGUUAUGAUAUUAUUGAGGAUCUAUAUAGCCCUAAAACUGCAGCGAUGGAUUUUGUUAGUGAGUUGGUAAGAAAGCGUGGCAAAGAGAACCUUCAAAAGUUUGUCGCCUUCAUUGUUGAGAUUUUUCAGAGGUUUAAUGAAUCAGCACCGGAACACAAACCAUUCAGGCAAAAGGACGGUGCUCUCCUUUCAGUUGGGAUACUUUGUGAUAAACUGAAACAAACUGAACCAUACAAAUCUGAACUUGAGCGAAUGCUUGUGCAAUAUGUUUUCCCAGAAUUCAGUAGUCCUGUUGGCCAUCUUCGAGCAAAGGCGGCAUGGGUUGCUGGACAAUAUGCACAUAUUGACUUCUCAAAUCCAAGUAAUUAUGUUAAGGCUCUACAUAGCGUUGUUGCUGGAAUGCGUGAUCCUGAACUACCCGUUCGGGUUGACUCUGUAUUUGCUCUCCGUUCCUUCAUAGAAGCUUGCAAAGAUUUGAAUGAAAUCCGCCCCAUACUUCCUCAGUUACUUGAUGAGUUCUUUAAGCUUAUGAAUGAGGUUGAGAAUGAAGAUCUUGUUUUCACACUAGAGACCAUUGUUGACAAGUUUGGGGAGGAGAUGUCUCCUUACGCUCUUGGAUUGUGCCAAAAUCUAGCUGCUGCAUUCUGGAAAUGUAUAAACACGUCAGAAGCUGAUGAUGAAGGCGAUGAUCCUGGUGCUUUGGCUGCUGUUGGUUGUUUGCGUGCCAUAAGUACAAUACUUGAGUCAAUUAGUAGACUUCCGCAUCUUUUCGAACAUAUUGAGCCAAUAUUGCUCCCUAUUAUGCGCAGGAUGCUUACAACCGAUGGUCAAGAGGUCUAUGAAGAGAUUUUGGAGAUAGUUUCCUAUAUGACAUUUUUCUCACCAAAAAUAUCAAUCAACAUGUGGAGCCUCUGGCCGUUGAUGAUGGAGGCACUUGCAGACUGGGCAAUUGAUUUCUUCCAAAAUAUAUUGGUUCCACUGGACAACUACAUAUCGAGGAGCACAGAAUAUUUUCUGACAUGCAAGGAACCAGACUACCAACAAAGCCUUUGGAAUAUGAUCUCAACUGUCAUGGCUGAUAAGAACUUGGAAGAUGGUGACAUUGAGCCAGCGCCUAAGCUCAUUGAAGUUUUAUUUCAGAAUUGCAAAGGACAUGUGGACCACUGGGUGGAACCAUAUCUCAGAAUCUCAAUAGAGCGCCUGCAUCGAACAAAAAAAGCUUACUUGAAAUGCCUUUUGAUCCAAGUGAUUGCUGAUGCUCUUUACUAUAACCCAUCAUUAACGAUGAGCAUACUGCAAAAGCUCGGUGUUGCUACUGAGAUAUUCAGUCUCUGGUUCCAUUUGCUACAAGAAACUAAAAAAAGUGGAAUUCGUACUAAUUUUAAAAGGGUGCAUGACAAAAAGGUUUGCUGUUUGGGCUUGACAUCAUUACUCACUCUUCCUGCUGAUCAAAUACCAUCUGCAGCGUUGGAACGCAUAUUUAAGGCCAUUCUUGACCUCCUUGUUGCUUACAAGGAACAACUUGAAGAAGUUGCCAAGGAAGAGGAAGCUGAUGAUGAGGAUGACAUGAAUGGAUAUGAUAUUAAUGACAAUGAUGAUGAUGAUGAUGUGUCUGACGGAGAAAUGGGGGAUGAUGCUGAGGGUGAAGAUGAGGCUGACAGCUUGAAGCUCCAGAAGUUGGCAGCACAGGCAAAGUCUUUCCGCCCAAAUGACGACGACGAUGAUUUUACUGAUGAUGAUUUUAGUGAUGAUGACGAGUUGCAAUCGCCUCUUGAUGAGGUGGAUCCUUUUAUUUCCUUUGUGGAUUCUAUCAAAGCUCUUCAGGCAUCUGAUCACUUGAGGUUCCAGAGCCUCACCCAGACUCUAGACUUCCAUUAUCAGGCACUUGCAAAUGGCGUUGCUCAGCAUGCUGAGCAGAGGAGAGUUGAAAUUGAGAAGGAAAAACUGGAGAAGGCGUCCGCUACUGCUCCCUGCUUAUAAUGGCUAUGUUCUUCAAAACUAUCAUCUCUCAGUGGCCACAUUGCCUAUUUGCACCUUAUUCAGUAAUGGCUGAAGGCAACAGUGUGUGCCCUGAAGUCCAUUCAGAUUUGAGUCGCUUCAUUCAUUUGACGCCUUGAUGAGUAUGAAUGAGGGGGUGGAGAUUGUAUUUAUGGCUUUACCUGGUGUGUGAGCCCCGCCCCAACAGGUGUCCGGCUCUGCUUUUCCGUUUUGCCCCCCAUCAUGUGUAGUACUAGGAUUUGCUGGAGCCACUCUUCUACAUAGGAAGAUGCUGUCUCUUGCUGACUUGUCCAUCCCAUUUUUUUGCCUUGUUAGGUUUUUACUUUUUAUUUUACAAAUUGAAGAGUCAUAGGGUUUAUUGCUUAUGGAUUUCAAUAUUUCAUUCGGUUAGAUCAAAUGCAUACAAACAUUUCUUUCAUGAUAUCUUUGCACCGGGCUGGUGGAUGGUGUUCCCAGAUCUGGGGGGUUUGCCCUGCAAUUUUUGUAUGUGCUCUCAAUUUUAAGUUAUAUUUGUACAACAUUGAUUGCAGUGAUUGAUUUUAUGCUGUAAGCUUUUACCGAUGGAAAUUCUCUUACUCGGCAUUUGUUUGUGUAGAUAUUAUUAGACA